AAUCCUCGACCGUUUAUCAAAGGAGGCUGUGGGCGAAGCAGACGACCGCCCCUUGAAUUAGAGGCAACCUCUCAACUUUCUCCCGGCAGUUGUUCAGCCGCUGAAGCUGCGGCAACAAUUGUCUCUAAAAUGUGCUUCUUCCGAUGAGUUGGAGGGAACCGUUUAACUUUCUCUGCACUCCGACAUGUAUUCAGCAAAGCUGCUACUGAUGCUGGUUGCCAGGAUCUAUGCAGACAGCUUAGGGACACCAGGAGCUGGCUGCACCUUUAAUGAAGACUCAGAUUCCGGCUUAUGUCAAUACUAUCAGGGUCAAGAGGAUGACUUUGACUGGGAAAACUUCAAGACCUUCAACUGGCCACACCCAACAGAUGACCUUCUGUCUGGGUCCUUCAUGAUGGUCAAUUCCUCACAGCAUCAUCGGGGGCAGAAAGCACGGCUGUACCUGCUCCCUUUAAAGGAGAAUGACACCCACUGCAUACAAUUCAGCUACUAUCUGUACAGCCGUGUUGGCCACAGCCCUGGAACUCUGCAGGUCUACAUCCGGGUCAACAGUGGUCCCUUGGGCAGCGCUGUAUGGAAUGUUUCUGGCUCACAGGGUCAACAGUGGCAGCAGGUGGAGCUGGCAGUCAGCAUAUUCUGGCCCAGUGAUUACCAGGUCAUAUUUGAAGCAAUUGUUUCUGACGAGGAACAGGGUUAUAUUGCUUUGGAUCACACUUUGCUGCUCAAUUAUCCUUGUUACAAGGUGCCUAAUUUCUCUCGGCUUGGAGACGUUGAGGUAAAUGCUGGGCAGAACUCCUCUUUUCAGUGUGUUGCCACAGGCAAAGUCUCUGAGACAGAGCGGUUUGUGCUUGAGCGAAGAAACGGCGCAGUGCUUCACCCCUCCUUGCCGUCACGGUUGAGCCACAAUCGGCUGGUGUCCACUUUUCAAAUCGAGGCGCAGCGUGGAGAGCAAGACCUAUACCGCUGCAUCGCUCUGUCCCCGAGAGGUGCAGCCGUCUCCAACUUUGGAGAGUUCAUUGUCAGAGCCCCCCCCACACCGGUUGCUCCCCCCCAACUGCUGCAUGCAGGGUCUACAUACCUGAUCAUUCAGCUCAACAUCAACUCUAUAGAUGGAGAUGGACCAGUCAUACGGCGAGACAUCCAAUACCAUGCAAGUCAGUCGACCUGGAUAGAGACUUAUGUGGUGAACUCGCUUACUUACAAGGUUUGGCACCUGGAGCCAGACACAGAGUACUACAUCAGUGUCGUGCUAACCCGCCCCGGGGAGGGGGGCACUGGAGCACCAGGACCACCACUGGUCAGCAGAACAAAGUGUGCAGAGCCCAAGCGUGCCCUGCGUGACCUCACUGCGACAGAGAUCCAGCCACGUUUUUUGGCCCUUCAGUGGGAGCCAGUAGGCUACAACCUCACACGUUGCCACACAUAUUCACAGUUUCUCUGCUACCGCUACACCAUGGCGACAGGGAACGGCGGGGGAAACAAUGCCACCAUAAAAGAUUGCCUGUUGGUGGACAGCAAUAGCUCUCAUUUUACACUGAGGAACCUGCCACCUUUUCAGGUGAUUUAUGUAAGCCUGGCACUGGCCAACCCAGAGGGCAAGAAGGAGAGCCGGGAAGUUACCUUCCAGACAGACGAAGAUGUUCCUGGAGUCAUUGCUUCAGAGUCUUUGACCUUCACUCCAAUGGAUGACAUGAUCUUUCUUAAGUGGGAGGAGCCUGCGGAACCCAAUGGCCUAAUCACGCAGUAUGAGAUCAGUUACCAGUGUGUUGAAUCUUCGGACCCUGGCAUAAAUACACCUGGUCCUCGACGCACCCUAUCCAAACUGAGAAACGAAACCUACCACAUAUUCUCUGAUCUGCACCCAGGAGCUACGUACCUGGUUUCUGUUCGUGCCCGGACUGCCAAAGGAUUUGGCCAAACUACCAUUACAGAAAUUACCACCAACAUAUCUGCCCCUUUAUUUGACUUUGAAGAAAUCCCGUCUCCACUGAGCGAGUCAGAGAGUACCAUCACUGUGCUGCUGCGCCCUGCCCUGGGGAGAGGAGCACCCGUCAGUGCCUAUCAGGUGGUUGUGGUGGAAGAAGAUGGCUCCCGCAAGGUUAGAAGAAGAGAGUUGGGCAAUGUGGACUGUUUCCCCACUGCAAACACGUACAGCGAUGCCCAGGUCAAAGGUGCACCACAUUACUAUACAGCUGAGCUGGCCCCUAGCAGUCUGCCCGAAGCCACACCGUUCAUCGUUGGAGACAAUCAAACCUACAGUGGCUACUGGAACAGUCCUUUAGACCCUACAAAGAAUUACCUCAUCUACAUCCAGGCUACAAGCAAAUUCAAAGGGGGAACCAGGAUAAACUGCGUCCAAAUUGCUCGCAAAGCUGCCUAUAAGGACUCCAAGAGAACACUAGAGGUAUCCAAGCAUGUUGAGGACAUUGGUCCAAUCCUGGGAGCCUGUGCUGGAGGUCUAAUAGUCAUCACUCUCCUCCUAUUGGGCAUCAUCAUCAUUGUGAAAAAGGGAAUGGACUUCUAUUUUUACCCUUAUAAUCCGAGAAAGAAGGUGGCCAUAAACAAGGCAGCCCUGUCCUACAUGCGGGAGAAGAGUUGCAAACUGAGCCCUUUGGAUUGCCAUAUGACUGAGCAGAGCACCCUCCAACACCACGAGAAGAUAAUUCGCCCCUUAAUGGACACCAAGGGCUGCAUCACUCGAUAUGAACACCUUAGCUCCUCCACUGAAUCCAGCAGCUUAUUGGGAAGCUCACCCCAGCAUCACUGUCAGAGAAGGAGUUCACCCUAUCACACAGGUCAACUCCACCCAGCGGUGAGGGUAGCAGACCUCCUUCAGCACAUCAACCACAUGAAGACAUCUGAAGGAUACGGCUUCAAGCAAGAGUAUGAGAGUUUUUUCAAUGCACGGAAUGUCAUUAAAAAGAAAGACAAGACCAAAGGACGAUGUGACAACCUGCUCGGCCCGGAUCGGCGACUCAAGCUCCUUUCUCUCCUGGCAGAUCCUGACUCAGAUUAUGUCAACGCAAACUACAUUGAUGUAAGAAAAGUUGAAUUCUUAAUUUUCCAUCUGCUUUGUGGCCCUCUUCUGUCUUAUUGUUUUUGCUCUGUUUG